AUUACAUUACAUUAAUUCCAAUAGAAAUCUUGAAAGACUUACUUGGGAAAGGGUUUAUUAGAAGUACUCACUUCAUGUUCCUGAACCAAGUGGAUAGAAAUAUUGCAACUUAAAGGAAAGAAAUGUAAAAAACGAGCCAAGGAGUUGAGGGAAAAGCUUGUCCCCAUGUCAAGGCCGGAUAUACCCCCAGGCUAUGAGGAUGCAAAUAAUCCUCUAUACCCUCCCCACUCUGGGGGGUAUCCUCACCCAUCACCAUAUGGUGGCUUCCCAGCUUCUAGAGGAUACCCACAGCCAGGGGGGUACCCACAGCCAGGGGGGUACCCACAGCCAGGGGCGUACCCACAGCCAGGGGCGUACCCACAGCCAGGGCCCUACUCCCAGCCUGGAAUGUUUCCUCAGCCAGGAAUGCAGCUCAAUCCCAACAAUCCGGCUGGAAUGCCCCCCAUGAUGCCCCCCAUGAUGCCCCCGAUGAUGCCACCAACUGCCCCCCUAAACGGAGAUGGUAACAGAACAUAUGAUCAACAUGGUGAUAAUACUGAAGGGUUCACUGCAAGCAACUGGAAUGAUAAGAAUGUUCGGCAUGCUUUCAUCCGGAAGGUAUAUCUCAUCCUGGCAGCUCAGCUACUUGUUACAGUGGCAAUUGUGGCCAUCUUCACAUUUUGUCACCCAGUGAAGUCAUUUGUCCGCUCAUAUCCAGCUGUGUAUUGGGUGUCUUAUGGGAUUUUCUUUGUAACCUACAUGGUGUUAUCUUGCUGUGAAGGGCCAAGGAGACGUUUCCCUUGGAAUGUAAUUUUACUGGCAGUAUUUACCCUGGCUAUGUCCUACAUGACUGGAACAAUUUCAAGUUACUAUGACACAAAGGCUGUGUUUCUGGCCCUUGGCAUGACUGCAAUUGUCUGCAUCAUUGUUACUGUCUUCUGUUUUCAAACUAAGGUGGAUUUCACAUCAUGCGGAGGCCUGUUCUCUGUCCUUGGGAUUGUUCUCUUUGUCACCGGCAUCAUCACUACUAUCGUACUGUCAUUUAAAUAUAUUCCAUGGCUUCAUAUGUUAUUUGCAGCCCUUGCAGCUAUUAUAUUUACUCUGUUCUUGGCCUAUGACACACAGCUGAUCCUGGGCAAUAAGAAGCAUGCAAUCAGCCCCGAGGAAUAUGUUUAUGGAGCUCUCCGAUUAUACACUGACAUCAUCAACAUUUUCACAAACCUACUGCAACUCAUUGGGGCAAUUAAAUAGGAUUGCUGCAGUGUCCAGAUUGUGGACUACAGCAAUGAUGCUAUAUGUUAACUGCUUUGAUCAAAAAUUUUACCCUAUUGCAGUAGCGUGUGUACCAGUAUAUUACAUAUAUUUGUGUGGAUAAGGUGUAUUUUAUGUUUGUACGUUUUUCAUUAAUACCUACAUCACCUCUUUUGGUAAUGUUAUAUUUAAAGUUUCAAUCUCAAAACCCUUUUCAAGGUUAACUGAACUCAUUGUUCCCUACAAAUAUGCAAAAAAUGAACUAGUUUACUGGAUUAUGUCUGAUUAGCAUUGUGAGUGGAUUACUGUAUAUGAUUUGUUAUGGCUUACUAACAAUGUUUGAAUGUAAAACCAAAUGGAAUUUCAUGAUAUGAAAACAUGCAUAAAAAAGGGUUGCAGUUUUUAAUCAAAAUGUCAGUCUUUGGAGUGUUCAGUUGAUUUUGUUGAAUUAGUUUAAAUGUAGUAUAUUCUAGAGUACUGCUGCCAUGUACAAAGCAGGCACCAUUUAGUUUAUUUACCAUGUAUAUAUCUAGUACUUUUCCAAUAUAAUUAAACUUAACUGAUUGUAACAACAUCACUAUGACGUUUUUGUAAGUGGAAAAUACACUUAUGUUACUGUACUAAGCUGGACCAGUCAUCAUAGGAUUGUCCAAGUAUGUUUGUUUACAGGAUGUUAAAAGUGCUAAAAGGCAUUGUUAUAUAUCUUUUUAAAAUAUAUUCAAUACACUCUUUGAAACCUG